ACUGAUCAAGCCGCCAUGAACAGUGCCAAAACAAUAAACAGCUGAGUUCAAGAAAAUGUCGAGAGAAAGAGGAAAAGAAAGGGUUAAAAAAGAUUAGAGGCCACUUUAAUUGCUCCUUUUUCUUUCUCCUCCCAAGGAAUCCAUGAAUGUAGGCCAAUUGGAGCUCUACCCAAAAUCCUAUAUAUACAAAGCAUGAAACCAUCUUCCAUAUCUAGCUAGCUCAGAAGUAAAAAGAAGAGCUGGGUUUAGUUCUUGGAUGUUAAUUAAAUUGUACAUGAGGUUGUUCUCCAAAUGGCAAGCAUGCAAAUUGUUCUAGCUUCCAGCUGCAAGAAUGUUGAGGCACAGCACGUGGAGAUGAUGGUCCCUCUUUACUCCCAUGGAUGCGAGAAGAAGGUGAAGAAGACCUUAUCCCAUCUCAAAGGAAUUUACUCCGUAAAUGUAGAUUAUUAUCAGCAAAAGGUGACGGUAUGGGGAAUAUGCAACAAACAUGAUGUAUUGGCAACCAUAAAGAGCAAAAGAAAGGAAGCUCGCUUUUGGAAUCCCCAAGACAGCACUCAAAUGGAAGAAGAAGAAUCACAACCACCGUCGUCGCCGCCACCACCAAAAGAGUCCAGUACCAUUCCUUCUCUGACUCUAAUGAAGGCUCGUUCCCUAACUCGUUCCUUAAGCUGGAAAGUAUGGAAAAAGGUCUUCACAAGAACCUAUUCCUUCUAAAGAAAUAAUUAAACAUGCAUUUUGGUUGUAGCUAAAAUUAAGAACUCAUAACGAGUGUAAAAUAUAUAUUUGACAACCCAGCUAGCUAUUGUCUCAUCUUAAUUUUGUAAGUAAAUUUGCUAGCCAUGUUCAAGCAUCCCGGCCCUUUGGGCUUUGUAAUUCUUGCAAGAAAUUGACGGUGGUGUAUUGCUUUUCUCCA